CAGAAAAAAUGGUCGAGAUGCAGUGCAUCUUGCUGCUGCUGCUGCCGGUGUUGGCAGUGCAGAUAGCCUUCCAUACGGUCCGGUGCGAGUUCCAGUUCACGGUGACACCGCAGAGCCGGCAGGUGUACGAAGGUGAACCGGUCGCGUUCGAGUGCCGUGCCCUGUUCGACGAUGAGAUCGACUUUUCCUGGACGCUGAACGGUGUACCACUGUCGGUGCAGGAGCAGCAGCCGCAGUCACAGCGAGCGGCACGACUACCGCGCCUUUACCAAAAUGGCUCCAAUCUGCACAUCCGCGCCGUCAAUGGAACGCUGGAUCGGGGUGACUACGUCUGUCUGGCGACGGCACGAGCUUCCGGGGCGCGCGUCGCUUCACCACCGGCCCGUCUCGACGUAAUUGCCAUUGCACCGCCGGUCGUACAGCUGCUCAAGCACGAUGCGGAUCGAGGUAGCAUUACACUGAAAUGCCACUCGGCCAACCUGUUGGAAGGUACAGCUGCCGAUGGACGACCGUUGACUGCUGCCACCGCUGGUGUUGGUGCUGCUGGUGAUGAUGAGGUGCACGCCGAAUGGUACAGAAAUGAAAUGAAACUGACCAAAUCGGCUCACAUCGAGGUGCAGCGCCGUAAGCUGCACAUCAGAAAUGUCUCCUCGAAGGACAACGGCAUCUACAGCUGCAUCUUGGUGAUUACGUCGCGCCAUACCGAACCAGGACACCGCAUUACCCUGCGAAGUGUCAAGAACUAUCGGUUGAAGUUAAAACCGGGAGCACUCUAUGGAGAGGGCAAUGGUAAGAUCGAUUGCAGCAAAAACCGGAACCUAUUGCUGUGCCGUGGCAAGCGCGGUGACCGACAGCUCAGUGGUGCGACCACCAUCGAAGAUCUGGCCUGGGCUAGCAAUCUUCCCCAGUCAGACGAACCUCAACCGGUCGCUCCGGCACAGCUUCAGCAAGCAGCGGCCAACAGUGCGGCACCGGUACGGAUCGUCCUACAUCCCGUGACGACCGUCGUCAACGAAAGCCAAUCGGCCAUCUUUAACUGUGGAUUCCGUGCGCUAUCCAACGAGAGUGGCGCUAGUGCUGGUGGGUUUGUGGUGCGAUGGCGCAAGGAUGGUAAGGUAAUCCGGAAGUGGGACACUGCCGGUGACGGCGGAUCAGCGCUGACCACAAUCGGUUCCGUUGAUGAGUCGUUCGGUGCCACGGAAAGUAGUAGCAGUAACAGUGGUAGUAGCUCCAUGUUCCGGGAUGAUGCACGAAUUCACGUAGACCGAACGAAUGGAUCGCUCGUGUUCAGCUCGGUAGUGGCGAGCGAUGAGGGCAGUUACGAUUGCCAGAUAACGAACAACGCAACCGAGUUCCUGGUUAGCUCGACGGCCGCUGAACUUCAAAUUAUCUCCAACUUACGCUUUACACCGAAACCACCGACGACGAAGAACCUAGAGCUUGGUUCCAUCGCGAAGAUCCACUGUAAGGCGCAGGGUACACCUACCCCAACCGUCCACUGGACUGUCGAGGGUAACCGAAGCGGAGGAGCUUCUGCGGAUCCUGGGAAGGUCGGAUCGACCAAUCCACUGCCCGAAACGGUCGAGGAUGUCAAUGGAACGCUCGUGUUCCGUGCCGUGACGGCCGAUCAUCGAGGGAACUACGUCUGUGUCGCUUCCAACAGUCAGGGUGAGAUCCGGGCAUCGGUCGCGGUGAACGUGGUGGUCGCUCCGAAGUUCGUGACGGCACCGGAAGGAACGGUGCAGGUGUCGGAGCUCGGUACGGUGCAGUUCCACUGUGUCGCAACCGGUGAUCCCAAACCGACCAUCCAGUGGGAUAAGGAUCUUCAGUAUCUACAUAGUGCGGCCGGGCAGACGACCGGUAGUGGCAGCAGCAAUAGCAGCAGCAGCAGCAGUAGUGAGAUACCGGAGGAGCGUGUCCGUGUACUGGCAAACGGGACACUCGUGCUGACGGAGGUACAUCUAGACGAUGAGGGACGUUACGGUUGUACCAUCGGUAACAGUGCUGGCUUGAAGCGCGAGGAAGUGCAUCUUAUCGUGCGACCAUCCGACGGUAUGGCACUGCCGGAGGAAUCGGCCGAAGAUGGAUUCCUGAUUACGCGCGCCGUCCUCAUCACCAUGUCGGUGGCCUUCGCCUACAUCAUCCUGGUGGUGGGGCUAAUGAUCUGGUGCCGCCAUCGGCGAGCGGCCCGUAAGGCACGUCUCGAUCUGGGCUCGAAGGAGAACGGCGAUGCGGUCGAUAUGCGGAACUGCGAGAUCGAACCGUGCCUUCCGGAGAAAUCGGGAUCCUCACCGGGCCGUACGAAAAAGCUGAAGAACGGUUCGGCUGGUGGUGGUGCCGCUGGUAAAGAGGGUAAUACUGAUAAGGACGGUGGACAGGAUAAGAGUGACGAUACGGUCAACUCGAACAAAUCGAAAAAGUCAUCCGGUUCGGGUAGUGGAGCCCAGCUCGAGCAGCUAACUGUACCGAGGACGGCCAUCGUGGAGAUGCUACAGAUUGGCAAGUGUGACUUUGGCGAUGUGUUUAUCGGGAAGAUCCGCGAGAACGAUUGCCGUUUACCGGCACCACGGAAAGACACAGGACCACAGGAACCGGUGACCGGUGAUGAGGUCGGUGUGGCACCAUCGACGGAAACUGGUAACGGUGGUGUGGGUGCGGUUGAUGAGCUGGUGACGGAGAAUGAACGCAGCCGACGGCCCUCGAACGGAGAGCUGAAUGCUAUCCGGCCCGAGAACGACUACAAACCGGUAAUGGUGAAGGCGCUGACCAAGGUGAAGGAUGAACACUGCUGCCAGGAGUUCCGCCGGCAGCUGGAACUGUUCCGUACCGUCGCCCAUCGCAACGUGGUGCAGGUGUUUGGGUUAUGCCGGGAUAAGGAUCCACACUAUCUCCUGCUCGAGUACACCGAUUGGGGUGAUUUGAAGCAGUUCCUGCUGGCAACCUCCCCCAAAACGACGCCACCGAAUGGCACGGUCGAGAAGGUAGCCUCGGGGACACAAGCGGCCAAGCCGCCACCACUCAACGUGCCACAGAUUCUUGCGCUCGCCCAUCAGAUCGGUCGUGGUAUGGAUGCCAUCUAUAAGGCUCGCAUCAUCCACAAGGAUUUGGCCACACGGAACUGCAUCAUCAGCAGUGACUUCUCGGCAAAGAUCUCGAUGCCGGCACUGGCACGGGACAAGUACAGUCGGGAGUACUGCCGGCACCGGAACCAGCUGAUGCCGGUGCGCUGGUUGGCACCGGAGUGCUUCCACGAGGACGAUUGGUCGAUCAAGAGCGAUGUGUACGCGUUCGCCGUGCUGGUCUGGGAGCUGUUCACCAAUGCGACCGAGCUACCGUUCAAGGAGCUGACGGACGAGGAGGUGAUCUCGAGCGCCGCUCAACCCGGCAAACUGGAACGUCAGGUGGCCGACGGUACGCCCGAGGCGUUGCACAAGAUUUUGACAACAUGUUGGUCGACCAAUCCGAAGGAACGGCCAUCCUUCAGCCAGCUAGUGGUAGCCAUCGGUAACUGCCUGCAGAGCGAGUAUCCCAAGGAGCCGGCGGAGUGAAGUCAUUCGUAUCUUUAAAAACAUCGCCGCACAGGCGUAAUCUCAUAUUUUCUCUCCGGUUUGGCCGUGUCCGUCCCGCGGUAUUGGAUUCCGGGGCGUCUGUGUUCCCGGCGCUCACACCGAACCGAACAUUGCACAUUAGGUUUCAACCAAUCGAGUAGUCCGUUUCCAUCAGUUGUUUGGUUGGUUUUUCAUCUACAACGAAAGCAUGCCAUGUGACGGUAACGGUGGUCAGUAGCAACCAGACUACGUGCUGAGCAGCACAUACACGGCCCACUAGGAUUGGUUUUUAAUUUCUAAAAAGCCUGAAAUGGGAACCGAGAACAGAGCUAGUGGCUAGAAUGCCACCGGCAACCGUAACUACUUUACACACAGUGACCACAUGUAACUCCGCAAUUACCGACCGAUAACGGACGGGCUGAUAUUGAAGGGAAGGGAAGGACACAGUAACAGUAACAAUAACACUGCCAGUAGAAUCUUCGCCUCCAGCAGCAGCAGUACGACGCACCCUUUGGCGACGCACUAGGGCGGCGAAUGCGAACGGGGCCGAAGAGCAGAAUCCAAUCCAGUUAGUAUAAGAACUUGUACUCAUGAUCAGUUAUUGUUCGCUUUUUGAACGUCUCGCGGCUAGAAUAGACAUGCAGAAAGAGACAGACAGAGAGGCAGGGAUGGAGGGAGGGCAAGGUGGAGAAAAAGUAAUGGCAAGGUCCUAUCAUUGGCUUCAUGCGCCACAAUCGCUUCUUGUUCUCGCUUAUCUUAGCAAGCCUCUAAGCAACUCAUUACGCGUAUGCCAUAAGGUAGCAGCACUUAAGAGCAGCCUACUACUGCCACGGAGGUCCUGCAGUUGCUCCUAUCACCACCAUCAUCAUCAUCACCAACAUCAUCAUCAUCAUCAUUAACAUCUCUCUUCGCCCUUUUCACAAAUGCUCUUACUCCUUAAGCUUAUCGCGCGCUUAUCCGCCGCUGAUUGCCAAGAAGACGAAAAACAGAAGAAGAUGAAGAAGAAGAAAUAGAAGCAAUUGCCAGGUGAUGCAUUUAUCCGAUUAUCAUAGUUGGCGGCGACAGGCCGAUGAAAAUAGUGAAGGACUGAUCUUGGAAAACCCGAUACGGAGGGGUUUGCUAAGAUGCUGGAGCUGGUGCUGCAUCACGUGUCCGUUUGGUUAUUGGUUUGAAUUUUGGAAUCGUCUUUUGCACUACCAGACUUUUGUAAAUACCCAGGUACGCGUUAAGUGAUAAUGUUUUAAUGUGUAGCAAUUGACGCUCCGUUUUUCCGUUUCUUUUACUUCUAUCGUUUAAGUGCUCUAGUAGUUAGUUAUUUUUGCGAUCUUAUAUCUGAGUGUGUGAUGUCUCGGGGAGCCCUUAUUACGAUAAGUGGGAGGGGGAGGGGAAAUUUCAUUUUUUUUUAUGAAAAUUUUCGAUAAAAUGCUCAUCAGCGAACAGUUGUUGUUCUUGAGAGCUCGAUAACGGUAUCCAACAUGAAACACACAAACAAAAGCAUCUAGUCAUCCAUGUUCAAUCUCCCCUAGUGCACUCGGGUGCAGUGGUUCGUCUUCGAUUAUCCACAAUAGGUACCACUACUAACACCGUGAUGCCAUUAUGAUUCAAAUAUACCCCCGUACCCCAUUUAGUGUAUCGUGGUAUCUUGUCUCUUGAAACGGAAUUCUCUUUUAGUUAACUGCAGCUACAGUGGACAGGGGUUAUCGGUUAGAGGAUGGUUCUGUAAAACGUUUUCUUUCUCGAAGGGACACGGUUCUUGGUGAAAAUGAGGGAGAGGAAAAGAAGGACAUCGAUCGAAGCAAAACAAUUACAGUAAUUGUGAGUACGCUAGCGUCCGGAUGGGGAAUACAAUAACAUAUUAUAGUAACAGUUUCUUAAGCAAACUUAUAUACAUAUAUUAUAUUAUAUUAUAUUAUAUUAUAUUAUAUUCGCGAUCACCAAGUGGUAUGAGAGCAGAGGAGGUUGCAGGGGAACGAGGGAAU